UUACAGAUGACCCUAGGGAUAUAAUAAGGAGGUCGUUUCUAUGCAUCAAAGAAAACCUGAUCACUCAUGGAUUACUGUUGGAUGAACUGCUUCAGUGUUCUGUACUUAGUGAUGAAGAAAAAGUCGAUUUUAAAGAUUUAAAUGAAAGGAAGAUUGGCAAACUACUUAAACACAUCAUUAACAAGGGAGAGGAAGCAUGUCAAAAUUUUUUGAAGGUUUUGAAAAAUCCAGACUAUGGUAUCUAUGACAGGAUAGAGAAAGUUCAGAGAACAGAUUACAUGACGGUAGAGAGUGGGGUAGUCAUAAACAAAAGUCAGCUUAGAAGUAAGCGGGAGACACUGUUGAUGGAACUUGAGGCAUCAAGCAUUUCUGAUUUCCUGUUUCAAGAAAAAGUUUUUGACAUAGACACCCAUGAUGAAUUAGAUUCUGAAUGUAGACGGAUAGAAAAAGUGAAGAAAAUACUGAAAAAUUUAGAGGAUAAGUCUGAAGAGUGCUUGAAAGUUUUUGUUCAUGGAUUAGAGAUCACAAGACAACAGCAUAUUUUGGAUGUCCUUCAGAACCGAGCAAAAGAGACAAAAAAAGAGAUUUGUUUGGAGUGUGUUAGGUUGAAUUUCCGAUGGAUAAGACAGAAUCUUCAUUUUGAGUUGACAGCUGAACACCUCUGUUCAGAACGCAUCAUUCAAGCUAAGCCGACUCAAGAGAGUACAAAAGAGAGAGGCAGACUGGUAAAAAGUGCACUGAAAUCUGAAAAGAGGGGAUGUUACAGUCUUUUGAAAUAUUUGGAGGAAACAGAGGAGCAUAUUUUUAAAAAAGCACGCAGUCAUUUUAAGGAGAGAAAGGAAAAUGGACGAAUUCCUAUCAAGAGACGAAUCCGUGAAGAAGAGAUAAAACGUUACAAGAGUCAGCUAAAAUCAGAACUCCAGCCCAGUGAUUUAAGUGACAUACUCUUAGAAGAAGGGGCUCUUUCUCCAUAUGAACAUGAUGAAUUGGAGGAUGAGCUGAGUCGCAGGAACAAAGCUGAAAACUUACUGUCUCGCAUCAUCCAAAAUGUAUCUCAAGAGGUACUGGACAGUUUUGCUUAUGCACUUGAAGUUACCGGUGUGGAUUUUGAGGAACUCAUCAAAACAAAUGUGGAGGAAGACACAGCUUCAAAUAUGGAGAAUCCAGCUAUCAGACUAGAGGCAGUUGGAAAUCCUCAUAUUGCAGAAUUUCCAGAUGGCCCAUUUCAUCUUUAUGUCAAAAUACAGAAGGAGGUUGAUCCAGUUUCCCAAGAACUCAUUCAAGUUGUAACAGUUAUAAAUGAAAACCCCAAUGUGAAAAUUCAAGUAACAGAACAGACACAUAUGGCAGUGAAAAAUGCAACCUCAGGAUCAAUAAUCAUUCACUUACGACCAUUAACUGAUGCUGCAAUAGGAGACUUUUUGGCUGAGGGUGGAGCUAAGAUACAGUCAGUUGUGGAGUCCUUACUAAUGCGGAUAGGAACGGAAAAACUUGAUGGUCAAACCUUGAAUGUGGAAGUCUCAAGAAAAGCUUUAAAUCAAAGAGAAAUGGAAAUUCGAUCAAGGAAACCUGAAGAUGUGAUGCGCAGAAAUAUAAGGGAACAGUGGAAUAUUUUUACUGAUGAAUUGGAACCCUCUCAAAUGGUCACAUUUUUCAUGAAUAAAGGACUUUUCGGUGAAUCCCAUAAAACAAAGAUUGAUAAUACUAAAGGGAGGAAGAAAAAGAUUGAGGAAGCCCUACAUAUCAUUCUCGGUUUUCCUGAUGACAGGAUGAAAACUUUUUUGGAAUUUCUGCUAUUUAUGGAUAGAAAGGAUCUUGCAGGUCUAAUUGAUGUUAGCAAAAUAGAGGAUAAUCACAAAGAAGCAGAAAUAAUCAGAGAACCAAUUUUAGAUCGUAUUCAUGAAAUACAAGAUGAGAUUGAGUCCAGUAUUAUCCUUGAGACAUUUAAAAAGUUUCCACACAUACAGAAGGAUACAUUGGAUGGUUUUAUGGCCAGUUCAGGAAAAUCAAGAAAACAAAGAGUUUAUGAUUUUCUGAUGUUUGUUAUGGAAAAAGAUGAAUUUGUCUUGGAAUUUAAAAAGGUUUUAGAGCAAAAUUCAAUGGGACACUUUUUAAAGCCAUCACAAACAGAGAAGAGAGAGAGACCUACAUCAGAUACCCCAGCAUCCAGUAACAAAGCUCUGUCUGAACCACUAAAAGGAGAUCAGCUUUUUAAAAGUAGCUAUCUUAUUCGUACCAAUAAGGGGACAGAGAUACAAAGCAAGGAAUCGAGUUCCUUGGAAAAAAUAAUCAGUCCUAAAGAGAAAGAGCCACAGCCAUCAAAAACUGAUAGAAAGCACCUUCCAUUUUUACCCAAGGGAGACAAAGCAUUGUCAGAGAAGAAAUUUAUGUCUAAAUCUUUCCUGGCAGAUCCAGAUGAAUUAAAGCCAAAAGAAAAAGAUGUGGUGGUAGCUAUAGACUUUGGAACCACUUACUCUGGAUUUGCAUAUUCUUUCUCCAAGGAGCCAUCUAUAGUCACAACACAAGAAUGGAAGGCAGAAUCAGCCGAGAAGUCCUUCAUGUCACUAAAGACACCGACCACACUUCUUCUGGAUGAUGAGGAUAACUUUGUGGCAUUUGGUUACAAAGCAGAGCAAUUGUACAAAGAAUUUGUAGAGGAUGAAAGACAUACAAAAUACAGAUUUUUUAAGAACUUCAAGAUGACACUUCAUAAGAAAGAGUGCCUGGAUUCUGAUAUGAUGCUUGAGGAUCAUCAAGGAAAGCCUUUAAGUGCAAUGGAAGUAUUUGCAAAAUCUCUGAACUACUUGAAAGACACCUUUUGGGAAUCAAUCAAAUCUAGUGAUCAACCAGUGGAAGAGAAUAAAGUAUUUUGGAUUAUUACAGUACCAGCUAUCUGGGAUGAAUUUUCCAAGCAGUUCAUGAAGAAUGCUGCAGAGAAGGUUGGUAUCCCUAAUGACCGCCUCACACUUGCUUUGGAGCCAGAGGUGGCUGCAAUUUAUGUUAUAACUGAAGCCAAAUUAGUUCUGCAGAAAUCAACACCUUUCACCAAGUAUGAACCAGGGCAAAGAAUUUUAGUGGCAGAUCUAGGGGGUGGUACGGCCGAUUUCAGUGUGGUAGAGGUCACAAAGGACUACAAGUUGGAACACCUUCAUUAUGCCAGUGGGGGGGAUUGGGGAGGGAAUGCCGUGAAUCAAGAGAUUUAUAAAAUAUUCACUGAAACAUUUGGUGAAGAAGUGAUGAGAAGUUUUUGGGAGAUGAAGGCAGAAGUUUUAGAAAUGGAGAAUGAAAUUGAACUGAAGAAAAGAGACUUGAAGAUCGAAGGCAAAUUGUCAGUUAGAGUGUUACCAGCUCUUGCAAACUUGUGUGAGGAGAUUCGAGGACAUAACUAUAAAAAAAUAAUUGAGCAGUCACAGCAUAAAAAGUCACUAAAAGUGAAAGCUGGUGCAAAGAUUAUAUUUGAAACAGAUCUUACAAAAAGAAUUAUAGAUUCUGUAGUAGGUCAAAUUGCAAUACAUAUUAAGUCUAUUUUAGAGGCCCCAAAGGUUGCCGGUGUAAAAACAAUUAUCCUCGUUGGAGGAUUUGCAGAAUGUGAUAUUGUUAAUAAGUACAUUACCAGGGAAUUUCCUGAAUAUGAUGUUAAAAUUCCUCUUGAACCAGGGUUGGCUGUUUUAAAAGGCGCUGUGAAAUUUGGACACGAUCAAGGUAUAAUAGCAGCAAGAGUAUGUGAUUACACAUAUGGAAUAGAGAGUAACCGAUACCCUUUGGCCACUGAUCCAGCGGAAAAGAUUCAGUGGGUUGGAAGUAAACAAUUGUGCACUGAUUAUUUUGAAAAAAUCAUUAGUAUCGGGGAAAUGGUAAAAGUAGGUGAAGAAAGGCAGACAGAGGUAUUUGCGUCUACUGAGGAUAUGACCAAAAUGACUGUAAAUAUUUAUAGAUCAAGACACCAAAAUCCACAAUUUAUUACUGACGAAGGAUGUGAACUGUUUGGGGAAAUGACAGUAAAUAUGCCAAAUAUUAAAGGGGGACAAGAUAGAACUGUGAUAGUGUCUAUGAAGUUUGGUGAAACCGAGAUUCUGUUUUCAGGGCAGGAUAAGACAUCCGGUGAAAGACGAGACCUUACCGUAAAAAUCCAUGGUUAAAUAUGCUUAUACUGUUAUACAAGAAGACAUUUUUAAAAUGCACAAAAAAAAAUUCAGUGUGUAUAUUGAUUCUCUUUAACAUUUUCAAAACACUACCCCUUCCCUCAGUUUUUGUCUGAUUUCAACAAAACUUAAUAGGAUAUAAUCUAUGUCAAGAAUUAUAA